AUGUAUCGCUACAAAGGUCAAGGUCGAAAAUGGCAGCCUCCAUACGGCGUUCGAUUUUGCUUCAGAAACAUUUACUAAAUCUGCGUCCACUUUGUCGGGAUUUUGCCAAGUAUGGCGGCCGUAACACAGUGACAGCACUGACAGGGGAUGGAGUCGGCCCUGAGCUACUGAAACAUGUCCAAGAAGUGUUUAGAUAUGCCGGCGCCCCAGUUAAUUUUGAGGAAGUGGACAUACAUGGCAAUACAACUGAUGAGGAAUACCUGAAAAGUGCCAUUCUUUCUGUUGGCAGAAACGGUGUAGCCAUUAAAGGAAAUAUCUCCACCAACUAUGACAGCAAUGCACAGUCAAUGAAUGUCAGACUAAGGAAAGACCUGAAGCUGUUUGCAAGCCUAGUGGUCUGUAAGUCGAUGCCAGGUGUGACCACGCGGCACAGCAAUAUUGAUAUGGUGCUCAUUAGAGAGAACACGGAGGGAGAAUACACCAACCUCGAGCAUCAGAAUGUUCCUGGGGUAAUAGAAAGUCUGAAGAUAAUCACUCGAGAGAAGUCUACCAAUAUUGCGAGAUACGCAUUUGAGUAUGCAAAGAAACAUGGACGAAAGAAGGUCACAGCAGUCCAUAAGGCAAAUAUUAUGAAGCUGGGAGAUGGCCUGUUCUUGAACUGUUGUAGAGAAGUUGCGGAGAGCUACCCAGACAUUCAGUUUAACGACAUGAUCAUUGAUAAUGCCAGCAUGCAGAUGGUGUCGCGCCCACAACAGUUUGAUGUGCUGGUCAUGCCCAAUCUCUAUGGCAACAUUCUCAGCAACAUAGCAACCGGUCUGGUGGGAGGGUCGGGGGUUGUUGCCGGGGUGAACAUUGGCAAGGAGUAUGCUGUGUUUGAAAUGGGUACACGUAACAUCGGAGCCAACUUGAAGGGGAAGAACAUUGCUAAUCCAACUGGUAUCUUGCUGGCCAGCUGUGACAUGCUGGACUAUCUUGGUCAUUUUCGCCAUGCCACAUUGAUCCGAGAAUCAGUGAUGAGUGUCCUCAAUGAAAAGAAGGUUCACACCCCAGACCUGGGCGGCCAGGCCUCCACUACAGAGGUUAUACAAGCUGUCAUAGAGGAGCUACGUCCACGCACAGACACCUGCCAGAAAACAAAUUGAUCUCCUUUAACUAUUCUGCUGUUACAAAAGGAUCUGCAAUCAAACAGUUUACAUAUAGAAAUGGACCUUCAGAAGUGGAUUUAUACUGUAUCUAUGUUUACACCAGAACUAUUGUUAAAAAGCAUGCAUUAUACAGUAUUCUAGUUGAAUAAUAUUUUAUUAAACGAUUAAUGUUAAGCAUAUUUAACACAUUUUAUUAUAGCUUUUGUUAUUUUAUGAAUUCAGUCUGAUUCUGAACAUGUUUGUCCUCAUCAAUUUUAUAUUGAAUUUAGUGUGUAUUUAUUUGUGUGUUCAUUUAAUAAAAAGUUUUUAUUUA